UUAACAAACACAAAUGGCUGAUCCUCUCAGUAUUACCGCUGGUGCCGUGGGUAUUAUUGUGCCAGCCUUGCACGGCACACGACUACUCCUAGAAGAUCUGCAGCAGCUCAAAGAGGCACCUAAAACCGUCAAGCGUCUGGUGGAAGAUGUGCACUCUGUCGACACGGCACUUAAAUUGCUCCAAAGUGUAGAGGAGAGAGAAUGGGGCUUACUUGGUGCAGGCAUAGCUGAGCAGUCAGAGACGACGAUUAGCAGCUGCACACAAGCAUGCGAUCUCUUUAGAGCAGACCUGCAGCGAUGGACUAGACACUCGGAAGAUGGAAAAUUAGCAUGGCAGGAUCGAGCAAAUGUGGGAUUCUUCAAGCAAGGGCAAAUCAAGGCUAUGUCAGAGCAGCUUUCGAACUGCAAGCUCACUAUUAAUUCCGUUGUCAGUAUAGCGACCUUAUACAGCUCCGUCCGCCAUAGCCACAUUACGGAAGAGGUCAAGAAGACGAUAUCUGCAAAGCAGACUGAGGUUAAGGGUGCCAUUACUACAGCGGAUCGACAGCUGGUAGUGUUAGAGAACAGGCUGGAAGAGCUGAACCUUAGCAGCGAUGAUGACGAAGCGGCUGGAUCCAGGGGGGGCAAAACUGAGGCAUUGCGACAACUUGAAGAAGAAUUCAAAGGGGUAAAAGCGUCGCAGAAGCUGCUGAAUGAGCUGCUGUCUAAGUCGCAGGAAGAAACUGUUGCGAAAGCCGCGGGAAACCAGAGCGGUCUAACCACAGUGACUUUCGGUGCUCACAACUCGGGCUUCCAAGCCGGGAACAUCAAUGGUGGAGUCAAUGGAAUCACUUUUGGCAGAAAGUAAACAUAUUAUAUCCGCAUCUUGACGGCCGAUUAAUAAAUUUUCCUGAUUGAAACGAC